CCAGGUUUUGACGGUUACGAUUCCCGCCACGGCGAGCGAACGGAUAAUGCUGCAGAUUACAGAUUGAGACGACGAGGACCAAAAACCAGUGGCUCACACUUCCCACCUUUCAUCAAUGGCCGCUCUUAGCUUCGGCUUUACCCCCACCACCAUCCACCUACCAUCAACUUCCAUUCGCUCUCGUCGCAUUCCCCAGACCAUAACCUGCGUCGGAUGGGACCCAGAAGGCCUCUUCGGAAAGCCUCAGACCGGUCACAUCGCUCGAAAUGAGUUCAAGAGGCGGCUGGAGAAAGACGCCGAAGCUCGCGAGGCUUUCGAGCGCCACGUUAGGGAAGAGAAAGAGCGCCGUAAAACGCUUCGAGAGUCUCGUGUAAUUCCGGGCAAUGUGACUGGUCUUAUCGAAUAUUUUCUUGAUACUGAAGCUCAGGAUAUUGAAUUUGAAAUCGCAAGGUUGAGACCCAGGCUGAAUGAGGAGUUUUUUUCACGUGUAAAACUUGAGCUGGGUGAGCUUAGAUUUGCCGUUAACAAAACCGAGGCCAUGGAAGAUAGAGUGAUUGAGUUGGAAGCAUUACAGAAAGCCCUUGAAGAAGGAAUAGAAGCCUAUGAUAAAAUGCAAAGGGAACUAGUAAAGGCAAGGGAAGGUUUAACCAAAAUUUUAACAUCAAAGGAUGUAAAAGCUACUUUGCUAGACAUGUUAGAGCGAAAUGAGCUCAAUAGAUCGUUACUCGCCCUUCUGGACGAAAACAUAGCCAAUGCCCAAAUGGGUAACCAGAAACAAGCUGCUGCUUUCAUGGAAAAGGUUCGAGGGGCAGUUCUCAAGUACAUGACAGCUUAGUCUUAUUGAGGUACAGAUUGUGAAUUUUUUUUCAGUUUCUUCUCAACAAUCACAUGUAGGGAACACGUUUACUAAUAUCUUAUAUAAUAAUAAAUUACAUAAUUUUGGUUGAAUUAA